AUGGCGACGACACAAGUUGCAAUCCGAAAUCGCGCGGGCGACACCCGAAACGUCGUCUUCUUGCCCGACCUGCCCAAGGAGAAGCAUGCCGAGGUGCAUCAGCUCAUGACGACAUGCUUCUCCCAGGCCGAGCCCAUGUCCAAGGCCUCGGAGCAAUCACUCACCACCAUGGGUGCCUUCUCUCGGGAUACCCUGGCCAAAGCGGCCAGUAGUGCCGCACAGCAUUACUCAGCCGUCGCCCUCGAUCCUGCCACGGGCCGCACUGUUGGAUUCUGCGUGCAGAGCACGCUUGAUCCCAAUGUCGAGGACCCAGCCGAAUUGCCUCCUGGCUGGGAUGGCAUGGCUCCCAUCAUGGACUUUUUGACCCGCCUUGAUAAUGUGCUGCGUGCCAUGCUGCUACAACCGGCCGACUGUGGCCAGGUAGCUGAGCGUUUGGCUGCAGGCCAGGCCGCUCCCCAGGGUUUUGGAGAGACAACUGUUUUUAGCGCUUCUCCAGCAGUAGAUGCCGCCUGCCGUGCUGCUGCUACUGCUUUGCGCCAAAACACUCUUGGGCACACCUUCAUGAUUGGCAGCUUUGAGGCCGGCCUCACUCGUCCACUGGUGCUCGCAGCCCUCCGGGCCAUGCGGGACGCUGGGAUUCACGCUUCGUGCGCUGAAACCACCAGUCCAGCCUCAACUCGUCUACUCAUGCGUUGCGGCUUCGUCGAGGUACUACGUAUACCCUAUGUUGCGGCCCGUGACGCGCGCCUCGCGGCUCUGCGUUGGCCGCAACCGGAUCUGCUCCUACCACCAGACAUUGCGGACCCACAUCAAGCAUUUUGUCGUGGUAUGCUGAUUGACCUCACCACCGCCAACCUCGACUAA